AUGCCUGUACAGAAGUUUUAUCUCCUUGGUGAUCAUGUCACGUCCGCAAAAGAGAUUGAAAUCGAGACGAAUACCGACCUCGACGGACUAAAGCACUUGAUUGCCGCGCACUUCGCCAUCGUUGAGCCAAAUGGAAUUGCCUUUCAGUUCGAAGAUGUGGAAAUCGUCGAAGUACAAGACGUCAUUUGUGCUCAGGGAUGUGUAGCGAUCACCAUCGAUGGCCAUGCCGUCCGUGAUCCCCCAGGUCCAAAGGGUUUACCUGUCCUGGGAAACUAUUUGGAGAUAUACCCUGAUCACCUAGGCAAUCACCAGCGACUUUUUGAGCGACUCGGUCCCGUUAUACAAACUAAUAACAUGGGGCGCGUGACCUACCACACGAAUGAUCCAAACAUCGCCGCAAUUGCCUUCGCCGAAUCCGACUUUUUCACCAAAGAAAUCAACAAAGCCCAUCCUCUUUAUGCCCUGAAGACUCCCAAUGCCGGGGUCUUCUUGGGUGAUACCGAUACACCUGAGUGGAGAGUGGCUCAUAAAUUUUUGCCCCCUGCACUGGGUCCUAAGGCCGUUCGCCAUUACGCACCUACCAUGCAAAAGACAGUCGAAGAUGCCUGCAAAGUAUUCGAUAGGCUAGAUGAGCAGGGCGAAGCUUGGAAUGUCUAUCAGUAUAUGCUCAAGCUCGGUGCUCAGGCCGUGGGCAAACUCACUCUUGGCUUGGACUUUGAGCACUUUACUUCGCCUGACGCACCUCUUCACGAAAUGGUCCACCUGAUUGCUGAAUUGCUUUCUUUGAAUAAGAAGGUAACUUCCAAGGGUAACUGGUACAGUAGUCUGCCAUUUGGUGACCCUGCCCGCCUCAAACAAGUCAAAAGCCGUAUCGAGGGUAUGAUCGAACAGUCUAUCCAGAAUGCUGCUAGAGGUGGUGUAGACGAUCUGCCUUUACAAGAUGCUGCAUUGAAAGCAUCAAAUAUGGUUGACUAUGCCAUUCGUGCUACUGAUAACAAGGGUGAGAAAUUGCCGAAGGAAAGCCUUGUCUGGGCUCUUGCCGUUGCGACUGGUGCCGGUUUCACAACGACGAGUUCCCUACUUUCAUGGCUUAUCUACGGCCUGGUCACCUACCCAGGCAUGCAGGAGAGACUUCUCCAGGAGCUGAUUGAUAACGAUUUCAACGAUGAGACAGAGAUCACUGCCGAUUUCACUGAGAGGUUGGUCUUCCAUGAUAAGUAUAUCAAGGAAAUGCAACGCAGACACAACCCAUCUUUCCAACCUGGGCGGACCGCAAAGACCGACCUUAUCCUUCCAGGUGGCUACAGACUCCCGAAGGAUGCGGUUAUUAUUCCUGCUCUCCACCACAUUCAUAACAACCCGGAACUGUGGGACAAUCCUCACAAGUUCGACCCUGACCGUUGGGAUACUCCGGAGGUCAAGAACCGACACAAGGCUUCCUACUUACCAUUUGCUGCUGGUCCACGAAUGUGUAUCGGGUUCAACUUUGCGCUCCAGGAGAUCAAGGUCUUCCUACCAAAGCUGAUCUACAACUAUAAGUUUGUUCGUGAGGGUGAUGGACCCAUCGAAUAUGAUCCGAUGUUCCAGCUUAUUCGCCCCAACAACUUGUAUGUUCGUGCUCAGAAGCGCGUCAAGUGGCCCCCAAAGUCCGAGGCUGCUGUUUAA